GGAACUCCGUCUUUAGAAAUGCUCGUACUCCGUACUCGUUAUUUCUCCUGUUUGUGUUGGGCGGUAUGAAGACCAUCGGAAUACCAUGGCCUGAAUUCAACGAUGGUCUUAGAUACAACGACGUCGUUUCACCCUCAAAUUCAGGUGUCUCUUUGAUCCAGUUCUACUCCUCCAACCACCCUAGCUCAGCUCCAUUGCAGGGUUGGUUACAGAGAAUUCAUAAUGGUCAGAUUACAAUUGAUGGUGAUACUGUUACUGAUCCAAACAUUGUUCUUCGAGUUGGUUCGAAGUUGGUGUAUCAUCGACUUCCAUGGAGUGAGCCUGAGACGCCUUUCUUGCUUGAAGUGCUCUAUGAGGAUGAUGACAUGAUUGUUCUAAAUAAGCCAUCUGGAUUGCAAGUUCUUCCUGGAGGACUCUUCCAGCAGCGCACUGUUUUGACACAAUUGAAGUGGCAUGUGAACAAGAAUGAGAAUUCAACACCAAGUCAACUUCAUCCUGUUCCUGUUCACCGUCUAGGCAGAGGCACUUCAGGUGUAUUGCUUUGUGCGAAGACGAAGAGUGCAAAGGCUCGCCUUGCAGCAUAUUUUGCUGAUGGGACGUCAUUGGUAGGUAGUAAAAUGACAGACUCGGAGAUUGGAGAGGAACGAAGGAUAACCAAAAUAUAUCGUGCACUAGUCAAGGGGAUUAUAGACACAAAUGAGGUUCUGAUCAACAAGCCAAUUGGAAUUAUGCGAUAUCCUGGGGUUGCUAAGGGUCUAUAUGUUGCACUGCCCUCAGGUAAACCAGCCUUGAGCAAAGUCAGGGUUCUUGAAAGAGACAUGGAGAAAAACCAAACACUGGUUCAGGUCCAGAUACAGUCAGGAAGGCCUCACCAAAUCCGUAUUCAUCUAUCCCUAAUUGGGUAUCCACUCUUAGGUGAUCCUCUUUAUGUUGCUGGUGGUCAGCCAGAGUGUUUUGAUUCAGAGCUCGUUGAAGAGGAAUUUGCGGAAGAUGGAGGGUAUCAACGGCCUACAAAACCUGUUCCUGGAGACUGUGGGUAUCAUUUGCACGCACAUGAAGUGACUCUAUCCCAUCCUACUACAAAUGCGGUGAUGAAGAUAAUUGCACCACUGCCUCCUAUGCUGAAGUUGGAUCAAGAGGCUAAUUGAGGAAGUUAUCACCAACAAUUUAGCAGAACAGGUUCAGUGUACAGUACCCUGUCAAAUUUUGUAUCAACUGUAACACUUUGUGUUUUUGUACGGUUUUCUGAUUUUCACGCACAAAAUAUAUUUAUCAAUUUUCAUGUCUAAUCAGUGGGUUAAAAUUUUAGCUGAAAGUCA